GCACCAGCUAAGCAGCGGCAGGAUGGGGCUGGAGCUGUACCUGGACCUGAUCUCACAGCCCUGCCGUGCCGUCUACAUCUUCGCGCGCAGCAACAACAUCCCCUUCGAGUUCAAACAUGUGGAGCUGCUGAAGGGACAGCAAAGGACAGAGGAGUUCCGGAAGGUGAACCUGCUGAUGACAGUCCCUGCGCUAAAGGAUGAUUCUUUCACCUUGGCAGAGAGCAUUGCCAUCUUCCUGUACCUGGCCCGGAAAUUCAAGACUCCUGACCACUGGUACCCAGCUGACCUGCAGAAGAGGGCUCGGGUUGAUGAGUACAUGGCCUGGCAGCACACCACCAUUCAUGCAAAGGCAGGCAUCAUCCUGGUACAGAAGAUGCUGACACUUAUCAUCACCGGCAAGCCAGUUCCUGCAGAGAAAAUGCAAAGUUUAAUUGAGGAGCUGAAUGUGGUCCUCAGCCAGUUUGAGGAGAAGUUCUUGCAGGACAAGCCCUUCAUCGCUGGCACCGAGGUCUCCCUGGCAGACCUUCUGGCUCUGGAGGACUUGGUGCAGCCUCUAAGUGCUGGCCACGACCCCUUUGAGGGGAGGCCAAAGCUGGCAGAGUGGCGCCAGAGGGUGGAAGGGGCAGUGGGGAAGCAGCUCUGCCAGGAAGCUCAUCAGGUGCUGCUGAACUCCAGCAACCCCUCUGCUGAUAAGCUCCCACCUGAGGUGCUGGAGCAUUUGAAGAAGAAGUACCUGCAGUAGGACACCUAGGAUUAAA